AUGAGCCUGAAUUUUGGUGGUAUCACUAUGUACCGCCAGCUAACUGGAAUUGCUCCCUACAAGGAUGGGAGCGCUAUUUUUUUUAAAAUAACUUCUUAACAUGAAGGAGAAAUAUCUAGUGCUGAUGAAAGAAGCGGAGGGCGGGGAAUAAACCGAACAAAGUGGACGCAGAAAAUAACAUCGGAGAGCGCUGACCCACUUACACUUGAUCAAAUCCCUCAUAGAACGGACUUUGGCCGGUGA